UGAGCUCAACUUUCCAAAGAAUAAGCUGUUUUCUAGUGUGAAUAACUUCAGUGGCAUGCUAUAACCUGCAGUGUGUGAUUGGCUAUAAAUGUCCAUGUCUUUAUCUCUCAAAAUCUCCACAGUUUCUUCUAUAAUAUAACUUUGACACUUUUUUUCAGUUUGACGAAUUUGUCACAGACACUUUGCAGCCCGCUUUAAACUUGGACAGUUUGAGUAACUCCCACCCAAUCAGCGUACCGGUGAAGAAUCCUAGCCAAAUCAACGAGAUAUUCGACGCAAUAUCGUACAAAAAGAUACACGUGGCAUAUUCCGCUGACCUACAUCACCGAUUCCAUGUCAACAAAGGAUCAGAUCUGGAUGCAUCGUGGACCAGGAGCGAUAGGCCUACCCAAAGCCUGGAAGUGGUACAAGGCAAACGUCAACCAGUCAGGGUUCUACCGUGUGAAUUACCCCCAAGAAAACUGGAAUGCUCUGAUCAAACAGUUGAAGGAGUAUCAUAACAAAUUGUCUGCCUCUGAUAGGGUGGGGCUGGUAGAUGAUGCAUUUGCUUUAGCACGAGCUGGGAACAUUACGCAGGUCACGGCACUCGAACUGACCAAGUAUCUGGAGAACGAGGAAGGAUACACACCUGGAAGGAUCGGAGAUAUUUGAAUAUUACACUAAAUAUCUUCAGAAUCUUAUGAAGAAGCAGAUUCGUGUACUCGGUUGGGAGGACAAGGGAUCACACCUACAGAAAUACCUCCGCUCUCUUCUGCUUUACUCGGCCGUGAGAACUGGGGAUACGGAUAUCGCACAAAAGGGACGAGAGUUGUUUAGGCAGUGGAUGGAGAAUGGUACAAAGAUCUCACCAAAUUUAAGGUCGACCGUCUACCGAGCGGGGGUCCAGUACGGAGGAGAAAAAGAAUGGAAUUACUGUUAUCAUAUUUUUAGCACGACCGUCAUUCCGGUUGAAAAGUCUCAGAUGCGGCAAGCACUGUCUAUGACGAGGGAUGCUACUCUUUUGAUAGGUUAUUACGGAUGAGUCUCGAGCCAGACAAGAUAAAACCUCAAGAUACGACCGGCGUUAUAAUGUCCAUCGCACAUCACUCAUUUUGAAAAGGCCGUGGCUAUUCGUACCGUGACGGUGUGAAUUCUGGAAAGGUCGUGGCUAUUCGUACCGUGACGGUGUGAAUACGACGGUGGUUAUGAUUGGCCGUACCGUCACGGUGCGAAUUAUUCAUUCAGCAGUGAUUGGUCGAACCGCGACGGGGCGAAUUACUGUACAGUUAAAAAUAGAUCACACCGUUACGGUGAGAGAAAGGUACCGUACCGUGAUGGUGCGAAUAAUACGGAGUGAAUAAAUAGAUCGCACCGUGGUGACAUGGGUGAUGGUAGGUAAGGAAAGUAGGCCUAAUUCAUGAUUGAGGUGGUGUUUGUUUGUGACGAGUGUUGGAAGUGCCUUUAGUCCUGGCUCUGGGUGUGGGUAGGAUCCUUGACUUCCAGCCAGGCCAGCCGGCCCUGUCAGAAGCAGCAUCACACAAGAUGUUAUAGCCAUAGGAGCCA